UGAGAAAUCCAUUUUUUGCAGUUGAGAGAUAUGAAGGGAAUUGGGGGCCCUUUAUUAUGCAUUGGGGAUCUGCUCAGCGACGUCGGAGAAGGCAACGAUGCUGGUGACGUCCUUAAGCCUUCACCACCGGCACCGUCGUCUUCCAAUUCCGAUCUCUAUCUCCAGCCCUCUGAUCUCAUCAAACACUUCCUGGAAAGCUAUGACCAGCUGAAUGAGGCACUUGCUGGUACAGACCAUUCGUGGACAGCUUUCACACUUGAGUUGUGCACUGCUCUGGAAACUGCGAACAAGUUGAUCCAGGCAACCAGCUCUCAUGUUGGAUUGCUAUCAGAGAAGGUUGGGGAACUUGAAAGAGUCAUUAGGAGGGGGGAUUCUGCUAUAGCAGCAGCAAAAGCUGUCCAUAACUCUUUAAGUCAAAAGGAAGGAUUGGUUAGCAGUCGGGUGGAAAAACAAGGGUUGUGAUCAAGUAGCAAGGUCAGAAAAGGGCAGGCAGAUACCCUAUUCUGUGUCAAGGAAGGGUUUGGCAACAAUUUGGUAAGAAGAGAAUUUUGAAAUGCUAGAGAUGUGUUGUCUUGUCCUGCUUUUGCUUUGAACUGUCUAUUAUUUAUUUUUUCCAAACUUGCAUAGUUGAAUUAAGACAAUUAAAUUUGCUAAUAUUAGAAUCAAGUUUCAUAUAUCAUGAUGUUGAAGGUGUUCCCACUUUUGUC